GCGCGUAGGCGGAGCGGCGCGCGCUGCGGUCAGCUGACUGCUCCUGCUGGCACGUGACUUGCUCCUUGGACGCUGAGGACGAGGAAGCCUUGAGGCCGGAGCUUAGGUCUGGGAGGGAUGGAGCGCUGAGCCGUUAACGUCUGCCAGGCGGCCCGCCUCCGUACCUGUUAUCUGCUGCCAGUUCCUCGUCAGACACCUUCCUGGAAUCUCUCUUGAUUUUGGAAGAAAUACUGGAUAACAAACAUGACUGAGUUCUGGCUUAUAUCAGCUCCUGGGGAGAAAACCUGUCAACAAACAUGGGAGAAAUUGCAUGCAGCAACUACAAAGAACAAUAAUCUUGCUAUUAGUUCAAAGUUCAACAUUCCUGACUUAAAGGUCGGCACACUGGAUGUCUUGGUUGGUCUGUCGGAUGAACUGGCUAAACUGGAUACAUUCGUAGAAGGAGUGGUUAAGAAAGUGGCUCAAUAUAUGGCUGACGUAUUAGAGGACAGUAAAGACAAGGUUCAGGAGAAUCUCUUGGCAAACGGAGUUGACUUGGUUACUUAUAUAACAAGGUUUCAGUGGGACAUGGCUAAAUACCCAAUCAAGCAGUCCCUGAAAAAUAUUUCUGAAAUAAUUGCCAAGGGAGUAACUCAGAUUGACAAUGACCUGAAAUCUCGAGCAUCUGCAUAUAAUAACCUGAAGGGGAAUCUUCAGAAUUUGGAACGAAAGAACACGGGAAGUUUGCUAACUAGAAGCCUAGCAGAAAUUGUGAAGAAGGAUGACUUCGUUCUUGAUUCAGAGUAUCUCGUCACGUUAUUGGUCGUAGUUCCCAAGCUAAACCACAAUGACUGGAUGAAGCAGUAUGAAACACUAGCUGAAAUGGUAGUUCCAAGGUCUAGCAAUGUUCUCUCAGAGGACCAAGAUAGUUACCUUUGUAAUGUCACGUUGUUCAGGAAGGCAGUUGAUGACUUCAGACACAAAGCCAGGGAAAACAAAUUCAUUGUUCGUGACUUCCAGUAUAAUGAAGAGGAGAUGAAAGCAGACAAAGAAGAAAUGAACAGGCUUUCUACUGACAAGAAAAAGCAAUUUGGACCACUUGUGCGGUGGCUGAAAGUGAAUUUCAGUGAAGCAUUUAUUGCGUGGAUUCAUGUGAAAGCCUUGAGGGUUUUUGUUGAAUCUGUUCUAAGGUAUGGCCUGCCAGUGAACUUUCAAGCAAUGCUACUUCAGCCCAAUAAGAAAACAAUGAAGAGACUAAGAGAAGUAUUAUAUGAAUUGUAUAAACAUCUAGAUAGUAGUGCGGCAGCUAUUAUUGAUGCACCUAUGGAUAUUCCAGGCUUAAACCUGAGUCAACAGGAAUACUACCCCUAUGUAUACUACAAGAUUGAUUGCAACUUACUGGAAUUCAAGUAAAAACGAGCUCCUCCCAGACAGCCCUGUCCUUGUGUUGGUGUAAUAGCUAACAGAAAUAGGCUGAAGUAUGGCAGUACCUUUAACUCUGUUAUCCUUUGCUUGCUCGUGACCCCUUUUCCUAGGUGAACUCUCCCAUUGUAGUCCAUUUCUGAACAGUUUCUUUUUAAAGGGAAAUGUAUGUCUCGUUUCUUUUUAUUGAUCAGGUCUGUAAAUGUGUACUAAAAAGAAUCAGAGUCUAUUUAUAAACAGAAUAGUUUAUUUAAAGAGGUCUUUCCUCAUCGAUGUUGUGAUAGGCAUAAUUCCAUUUGUUACUAUUGUGCGCAAAAGCCUUGUUUACAAGGGAAUGGUAUAAACAUUUAUACCAUUUUGUUCACUGUAUUCAGUAGACAUACUGUUUAAUAGUUACUUGAUCAUGAUGUGAAGACAUGUGACAAUAUUCAGAUAUGUGCUUUCUGAAUGUUUUAAAUUAUAAUUGAUGAGCUUUGUGACACCCACAGGAGAGAAUAAAAUUACCUGUGCAAAGGUGUAUUGUGUGUAUAACUUCAGAAGAUUACAAUUCAGUUUGAGAGUUUGACAAGUGGUAUCAUAGCUAACUUCCUAUGCCACUUUUAGGGUUUUGUUAUAUAUGAGGUGUCUGACUUGUGUUAUGAUUUAAAUGUGUCAAAUUUGGAUCAGAGCACAAAUUUGAAGAUUAUUUUUCCACGCAUGAUAGGUAUUUCCAUUCGGACACUAGACUCAUAGUUCUCAAAUACAGCGUUGGCCACAAAGUUCUUUGUUUUUCUUCUGUAAGGUGGCUGUAGUAGCGCUGAGCUGUCUUUUUGACUUCAUUUGAAACACUUUUGUUAGCUUGUAUUGUGACAGCUGUCAUAUCAUCAGCAUGCAUUUAAAAAAAACUUGUCAAAAUUGGUGAAUUUUUGUAUAGCCAUUUUAACAUUGAAGAUGAAAGAAAAUAUGCAACAUUUUCAGCAUAUUAUGCUUUAUUAUUUCAAGAAAGGUAAAAACGCAACUGAAACACAAAAGAUUUGUGCAGUGUACGGGAAAAGGUGCUGUGACUGAUCAAAUAUGUUUAAAGUGGUUUGCAAAGUUUCAUGCUGGGGAUUUCUCGCUGGGUGAUGCUCCACGGUCAGGUAGACCAGCUGAAGUUGAUAGCGAUCAAAUCGAGACAUUAAUUGAGAACAGUCAAUGUUAUACCAUGUGAGAGAUAGCUGACAUAUUCAGAAUAUCCAAAUCAGUAAAAUUAUUGGUGAAAAUGAAAAACCUGUCUUUUAUUUUAUGGAAAAAACAAAACAGAUUUUUUGGCCAACCCAGUAAUUAGGAGGUAGGGCCAAUUUUGAAUGAAGUGUAGCAAAAUUAUGCAGCGUUAGUCAUUUGUUUAAGUAUUUUACACAUUUUAAGAUGUAUACUUAUAAGAGCCUUUAUUCUGACGUGUAUGACAUGGUCUGAAGCAGAAGCAUCGCUGGCCGUGAAGGUGCGCAUCAGUGACUAGUGCACGGCUUCCCGAGCGGGCUUCCGAGAGAGGGCUGGGUGGGCGUGCUGCCCUGCCCAGGCCCCCACUGCCUUGGGGGUGGGGCAGAGGAGUUUACCUUUUGUUUUAAGGGCUUUUAUAAGCUAUUCUUUAUUCUUUAGAAAGUUAGUCUCCAGACUCCUUUUUAUUUUGAAAGUAAGUGUUAACUUCCAACAAUACACACUUCUAAAGGUAAAACAUAAGAGAGGAGGCCUGCUCCCUGCCCCCACCGCCCACUCCCCAACCCUGCAACUUCUUCCCGAGGAAGUUGACGUGCUCCCCCAGGUCUGUCUCUGCUCCACAGCACGCAUCACACACACAUGUGCACACAGAGUUUAAUAAAAGUGACAACAUACAUAUGGUACAUACUCUGUCACCUUUUUGCUUACCAGUGUGCCCAAGACAUCCUUACCUGCCUGGAUAUCUGGAGCUGCCUCAUUCUUUUAACUGGCGACAUGGUUUUCCAUCAUGGGUUUGUGCCGUAAUGUACCUGACCGGGUGGAUAUUCAGUUGGUUCUAAUUUUUGCUGUUAUAAACACUGCUUUAGUAAACAUCCUUCCACAGACAUCUUAGUUUCCUUACUAGGAGAAGUAAGAUCCUGGAAGUGACAUUGGUUGGUCACAGGGUGUGUGUGUGUUAAAAGUUCUGACACAUACUGCCAAGUUAUAAUCUGUUCAUUUUAAUUCAAGACAUGUUUGGGAUGCAGAUUUUACUUUCAGUUUUCCUUUGGGUAAGAGGAAGCUGAAAAGUUUUCAUUUUGAUAUUAGGAAAUUCUGGUUCUCUGUCUUUCAUAAGUGUUCUUUGAGUCUUAGUAUCUGUAAAAGGGGUAUAAUCUCUCUCUCAUGGGUGAUGUGUUUUGAUGAUUAAAAGAUUUGUGUAGCCUAGCAAUGAUUUUAAGGUUUGAUUUAGACCUUAAUACUGCUUUUAAGAUUUCCUCCUUCUCUUUAAUCUUGGGUAAUGUAAUUAUGAUGUGCCUUGGUGUGUGCUUCCUUGGGUCCAACUUCUUUGGGACUCUCUGAGUUUCCUGGACUUCCUGGAAGUCUAUUUCCUUUGCCAGAUUGGGGAUGUUCUCCUUUGUUGUUUGUUCAAAUAAGUUUUCAACUUUCUGCUCUUCCUCUUCUUCUGGCACCCCUAUUAUUCGGAUGUUGGAACGUUUAGAGUUGUCCUGGAGGUUCCUAAGCCUCUCCUCAGUUUUUUGAAUUCUUGUUACUUCAUUCUGUUCUGAUUGACUGUUGAUUUCUUUGUUCUGGUCCAAACCGUUGAUCUGAGUCCUGGUUUCCUUCCUGUCACUGUUGCUUCCCUGUACAUUUCCUUUAUUCCACUUUUCAUAGCCUUCACUUUUUCCUCCAUUUUGCAACCAUACUCUGCCAGUUCUGUGAGCAUCCUAAUUACCAGUGUUUUGAGCUGUGCAUCUGAUAGGUUGGCUAUCUCUUUGUCGCUAGUUGUGUUUUUUCUGGAGCUUUGAUCUGUUCUUUCAUUUGGGCCAUUUUUCUUUUGUCUUUGCACACAAAUCACAUAGUACGGGACAGAGCCUUAGGUGUUCACCAGGGUGGGGUAGCCCAUGUCACUGCCUUGUGGCACUGUGUGUGGGGAGGUGUCUGAGAGGGAACAGUGUUGCUUGUUCAGCUCUCUGUCAGCUUUUAGUCACUUUCCCCACUACCCACAAGCACAUUGGACCCUUCUGGUGCUGAUUCCUGGGUGGGUGGGUUUGUGUACCUUUUAGGACCCUGUGGGUCUCUCCAACGAACUCUCCUGUGAGUCUGGGAGUUUCUCCUGCCACCUCAACACCCACAGGUUUUUUCAGAGGUUUUACAGCUUUAUUUCCCCGUACUGGAACCCUGGGUGGCGUGGUCUGUCUCACUUCCCAGUUGUUUCUCUUGGUUUAUCCACAUGCACAUAGGGGACCACCUGCUUCACCAUACACCUCCUCACCUACCCUGGUUCUCCAGCCCUGCUUUGCCAUGAGUUCCCUCCACCUGGCUGCUCAUCUCCACUCCUCCUCCCAGUGUGGAUGAAUGUUUCUUCUUUAACUCCUUGGUUAUCAGACUUCCAUACAGUUAGAUUUUCUGUCAGUUCUGGUUGGUUUUUGUUUUUAAAUUUUUUCUCCUCCUUUCGGUUGUGUGAGGAGUCACAGUGUGUCUACCUAUGCCUCCUCCAUCUUGGCUGGAAGUCUGCCCUUCCGUUCUACAUAAAAGCUUUGCUGGAUAGAGUAAUCUUGGAUGUAGGUCCAUGCCUUUCAUGACUUUGAAUACUUCUUUCCAGCACCUUCCUGCCUCUAAGGUUUCUUUUGAGGAAUCAGCUGAUAGUCUUAUGGGAACUCCUUUGUAGGUAACCAUCUGCUUUUCUCUUGCUGCUUUUAAGAUUCUCUCUUUUAUCUUUAACCUUUGGCAUUUUAAUUAUGAUGUGUCUUGAUGCUGUCCUCUUUGGAUCCAACUUGUUUGGGACUCUGUGCUUCCUGGACUUGUAUGUCUAUUUCCUUCUCCAAAUUAGGGAAAUUUUCUUUAAUUUUUCAGAUAAAUUUUCAAUUUCUUGCUCUUCUUCUUCUCACUCUGGCAUCCCUAUGAUUUGGAUUUUGGUACAUUUGGAGAUAACGUACCAGUGAUCUGGUACAUCCCAGAGUAUCCUUAUAGUAUCCACAUUUUUUAAAAAAUUAUUUUUUCUUCUUGCUGUUCUGGUUGAAUCCUUAUUCUUCCUUAUGUUCCAAAUCAUUGAUUUGAAUCCUGGUUUCCUCCCCUCCACUGUUGGUUCCCAGUCGGUUUUUCUUUACUUCACUCAGUGUAACCUUCAUUUCUUCUUUUAUGUUGUUGCUGCACUCAGUGAGUUCUUUGAGCAUCCUGAUCACCAGUGUUUUGAACUCUGCAUCUGAUAGCUUGGUUAUCUCUAUUUCCUUUAGUUCUUUUUCUGGGGUUUUGUUCUGCUCUUUCAUUUGGGCCAUACUUCUUUGUCUCCUCAAUUUGGUGGCCUCCCCGUAUUUGUUUCUGUGUAUUAGGUAGAGCUGCUUUGACUCUCUUAGUAACAUGGCCUAUUGUAAAAAGGCAACUGUAAAUUUUUUGGAGUGGAGCCUUAGGUUUUUGCCAGGGCAGAGCAAACCCACUUCACCACUUUGUGGCUGUAUGUCGGGGGAGGGCUCAGGACAGUGCCGCUGCCUGGCUUCUGGAGGUUCGCUCAGCACUUGCCCUGUUUCCAGGCACUUCACCCACUCUCUGUGUGCGACUGGCGCCCUCCCAGCUGUUGCCCUGGUGGUGAAUUCCCAACUGGGCGUUUGCAUAUGUGUUAAGUCCCUGCAGGCCCUUUAAGCCAAGUCUCCUGAAAAUCCAGCAAUUUUUUCUGCCACCCCAACCCCCACUGGCAUUUACAGCCAGAUGUUAUGGGGAUUUAUCUUCCUGGUGCUGGAACCCUAGACUCUGUGGUAUGGCCUGGGGCAGUGAUUGCUUGCUCCCAAGGGGUGUCUCCCAAUUUUCAUCCGCCAUAGGUGAAUGUGGGAUUGUCUGUUUGCUGCCCCCGCCUCUCUACCACAUUUCAUCUCCUUGCCUCUCCGCCGCUCCCGUCUGUUUGAUUGAAUGUGUCCUCUUUAAAUCCUUGGUUGUCGGACUUCCAUACAGCUCGGUUUUCUGACAGUUCUGGUGUUAACUUGUUUUGAGAUCUAGUUGUGAUCCUUUUCUAUGGUUGUUCGAGGAGGCGAAGCAUGUCUACCUAUGCCUCCUUCUUGACCGGAACCAUGUUGACCGGAAGUCUCAGCUGCCUUUAAAAAAACACAUGUCAAGGUUAAAAACCAUAUACCUAAAUAUUAUAGAAUGGCUACCCUUUCAAGGUCAUA